CUGCCUAAAAGGGACUGGCGUACCUGGCGAUGCCAAAAAGAGAUCCUCAUCACAAGCUCUGCAAUGCGGAACAUGGCUUGCUUCUCGACUCCCGCCUGCAACAUGAACUUUCGGCAACGCUAUCCGCUCGUGGCGCUGGCUUCUGCAGCGCAGGAGCAGUGCUCGGCGCCAGGUGCCCGGAAGGUUUCGUUCAUCAACGGGCACGAAGCUGAGGGAAUCAGUGCCACGGCCUUCAUAUACUGGGCUCGUGCCUCGUGCUAUCCCUUUCACCCACCACCGACUUGCCAAGUUGUACAUCGUUGCCGGGCAUUGUGCCUACAUACAUUCGCUCAUCUAAUCCUGGCUGUCCACUGGGCACUACUGUUUCUUGUUCGGUCUUCCAACACCUGAACAUUAAACGAGGCCGUGCUGCACCAUAACCUCACUGGACCUGGGACGCGCGCUCAUCGUGCGCGGGGUCUCUCCUUACGAUGGGCCUUCUCUCCUACAUGAAGCCCAAGAAGGGCACCGAAGAGGACAAACCAGAGACGGGAAAAGUCGAGACGACCGAGAAGCAAUCAACCGAUCAGAGCAGGGCCAGCACAUCUGGACCGACACCCGGCAAUGGCACUCCCGGAUCUUGGUCAAGACCAGCUUCUCUAUAUCCUGCCAAUGAGUACCGCAACUCGCAAUCCGAGGACAUUCACGAAAUAAAAUGUGACGUGAUGGUCAACUGGCUGUACCAACAGCAAAUGGAGCGUCUUUGGACUGCCGGUGGUAUGGAUGAAGGCGUGGUACUCAAGAAGUCCCGUGGUCAAUACACAUGCUGUCCCUCUGAUAUUGUGGAAGAGCCUUUUGGAUUCUUCAAGGCCAUUGAGACCUUGAACGUGAAGGUCGCCAUGACUGUCAACACAAGAGUCAUCAAACUCUUCCUUCACAACAACGACCGACCAUACGUCCCGCUCAAAAACGGCCUGCGUCUGCAGGUACUUCCAGACAUCUCGUAUCUUCCGCGCUGCCAGAAGCAUCAAUUCGCGGCUUUCAUUGCAGACCGAGGCCUGCUGGUGGUUUGGGAUGAUGAACCACGUCACUUGCUUGACCGCGCCCACAAGAUUGAGAAGGCACUCAUGGAGAUGAUUUGGGAUGAUACGUCCUCAAUCGACGAGAAGAAGGAGGGCAGUGUUGCCGUUAACGAGGUCGACGGCGAUUCCGAUGGCAGCGACCUCGAGGCCAACGGACAGGAAAAGCCUCGCAACAUCGUGCUGUGGCAAGCAAUCCUCUGCGCCGUCACCUUGUGCAUCACAUUCGUUGCCAUUGGUACAGGUUUCCAGGCGAUCGCGGUUUCGACGAUCAUUGACAGCAACUACAUCCGAAUGGCUUUCGUGCUCGUCGUUCCAUUGCAGUUCUGGCUGGGUCUGUUCUUCUUUCAAUCGCUCGUCAACAACAUUGCGCAGCUCAUUGGCCCGAUCUCGCAAAUGUCCGCCAACACCAAGUUCUACUCUGGCCUGAAGCCGAAGCGGCUGCGACGUGGUGACGCCGCAUUGCCGCAUAUCACCAUUCAGAUGCCUGUGUACAAGGAAGGCCUCCAGGCCGUCAUCGAGCCCACCAUCCGGUCGAUCAAAGCUGCUAUCUCCACGUACGAAAUGCAAGGUGGUACUGCCAACAUCUUCAUCAAUGAUGAUGGUAUGCAGCUUAUCAGCGAGGAAGAUGCUCGCGCUCGCCAGGACUAUUAUGACGAGCACAACAUUGGAUGGGUGUCACGCCCUAAGCACAAUCCCAAGCCGGCAGAAGGCGAAGAAGUAUUCCUUCGACGUGGCAAGUUCAAGAAGGCUUCGAACAUGAACUAUGCGCUCUGGGUCAGCAAUCGUGUCGAGGAAAAGCUUGCGGCCAUUGAACGUCAUCAAGGCUGGAACCAGGAAGAUGAGGCCAACGCCUACCGCGAUGCUCUGACAGAGGUUGUCGAAGAGGAUGAAGGAAGAACUUGGGCCGAUGGCAAUAUCCGCAUGGGCGACUAUAUCCUUCUGAUCGACUCAGACACUCGUGUUCCUGUCGACUGCUUCCUGGACGCUGCUUCGGAAAUGGAACAAUCGCCUCAGGUCGCUAUCAUCCAGUACUCCUCCGGCGUCAUGAACGUCACCGACUCUUACUUUGAGCGUGGCAUUACAUUCUUUACCAAUCUCAUCUACACCGCUAUUCGGUUUGCCGUCGCCAACGGCGACGUCGCGCCCUUUGUCGGCCACAAUGCUAUCCUCCGCUGGUCCGCCCUGCAGGCCAUCGGCUACGAAUGCUACUACGGCGACGAACGCGAGAAAUUCUGGUCUGAGGAUACCGUGUCCGAGGAUUUCGAUAUGGCCCUCCGACUGCAGACUGCUGGUUACCUCGUACGUCUUGCCGCGUACCAAGGCGAUGGAUUCCAAGAGGGUGUGUCGCUGACGGUAUACGACGAAUUGGCGCGAUGGGAGAAGUACGCUUAUGGAUGCUCCGAGCUUAUCUUCCAGCCCUUCCGCUACUGGUUCACCCGUGGACCCUUCACCAAGCUCUUCCUCCGCUUCAUCGCUUCUGGCAUGCCACUUCCGUCGAAGCUCACAAUUAUGGCGUAUGUCGGCACUUACUUCGCACUCGGAUCCGCAUGGGCCUUGACUUUCGCCAACUACUUCCUCACAGGUUGGUAUAACGGCAUGCUCGAUCACUACUACGUCGACUCAUUCAGGAUCUAUUUCGCUAUCAUCAUUGUCUUCUCCGGUCUCGGAAACGUUUCUCUUGCGGUGCUCAGGUACCGCACAGGCGAGUGUGGACUCUUCCGCGCACUACUGGAAAACUUCUCCUGGGUGCCGCUACUCAUGAUUUUCUUGGGUGGCGUCUCGCUUCACGUCUCACAGGCUCUUCUAUCGCACUUGUUCAGUAUCGACAUGACUUGGGGUGCCACGAGCAAGGAGGCCACCGACACUACCUUCUUCAAGGAAGUCCCGCACGUUAUCAAAAAGUUCAAGGGAACUUUCAUCUUCUGCUUUUUCUGCACUGCCAUGAUGAUUGUCUUGGCGCAGUUCGCUCCUUACUUCUGGCAGAUCACCGACUUCAUCGCAAUCUACCCACUCAGCAGCGUCGUUGUGGGGCAUUUCCUAUUACCUGUGGCUUUGAAUCCAGGUCUGAUGAGAUUUACAUGGUAAAUCAAUCUCCUUAUACUUUUUUGUAUUCAUGUGUGCAUUUUUGGCAAGCGAACAAGGUCCCUGGCUAGGGUAAUAGAGAUAUAGCAUUCUAACGGUAUGACCAAAACGAUGCAGGAUAUGCAGCUUUGAACCAUUCAUCCUGUCCAAUUCCAAGCAGAUCUUCUUGCGCCGCGUUCGUAUUGACUUCUCCCAUGACAAAAGCAAGACGCAACGUCGUUUUUCACGUUGUGCUUUUUAUCGUGAUCAUCUCAACCAGACACCCUUCACGUACACAUACAGAUAUCGAUAUGGCACUCUCCAUUUUGUUACCGCUUUAGACUACAAGAUGUGUUUGCAGGUCCAGAAUUGCCAUGUGGCCUGAUCGGCGUGAUCUUCGAGAGCUAUUCCUGUAGACAAUUCUGCACAAUGCCGAUCAUGCUGUGCUACCUCGAGACACGCUUUUCUGUAUCCUAGAACAAUUUGGUGCACUCAAUACUGCGUGAGGUACACAUUGACAGCCUCUCUCGCCAGCAUACAGCUGUGAAGAGCUCCACGAUCGUGGCUGUUCGAUGGCUGGAAUGGCUGACGUGGGC